UUUAUUUAAAUUUCAUUUCCAACUUAACCAGUAGGUAAACAAUCCGUAGGCGACCCUGUUCAGCAUUUUUUGUAAAUUGUUUUAAGCCAGAUUCAUAAGUAGAACAGAGAAACUAGAGCUAAAAUGUUCAUUCUUUAAUAGCCCUCUUCUCUAAAAGGCAAAUCAAAUGCUUUCCUUACUAACCAAUAACUUCCUAAGCUUCAUGCGGCAUUUCAACUUCAGUACCAACAUUUCAUUUUUAACAACAAGGAUUCAUUCAUUCAUUAAGAGCCAGUUAAGUCAGGUGAACGAUAUUUUGGCCAUCAUGAGUCAAAUGCUUCAAAUGGUGUUUAAUUUAAGAUCACGAUCUCGCAAUUAUUGGCAAUGCAAUGAUGCAAUCUAAUUUACCCAAACGACUCAAACCAGAGGCAUACUUCACCUGUGAACAUAGUAAAGAGUUGAUAUCUACAUUAGCAAAAUGUGAUAACGUCAUAGAUUGUCUUGAUGCUUCAGACGAAGUAACUUGUCCUAACGGAUGUGAUGACAACGAAUUCUCUUGUGGUGGCGGACAUUGUAUAAAAUUUAGUCUAGUGUGCGAUUUUAUAUCCGACUGUGCGGACGGUACAGAUGAAACAUGUGAUUUCCAAAAGUGUGAUGAAAAUGAAUUUCGUUGUGACAAUAAACAGUGCAUUCCAUCAGAAAAACGAUGUAAUUCUAAACCUGACUGUUUGGAUAAAAGCGACGAAGAAAACUGUGAGUCCUGCACAAAUUCAUUUCUGUGUGCUGAUGAGUUCAAAUGUAUUCCUCUUCGUUUGACAUGUGAUCGGUACCCUGACUGUACAGACAGCAGUGAUGAAUUAACUUGCCAUUUGAAAAUUCCAACAUCUGAUGACAUGAGGGAUGAUUAUGUUUCUCUUGCAGGUAGGGAAGGUUUCAGUUUGGAUUUACAAUCAAUAGAAUAUGAAUCUGGAAGAAUAACUGUUUUCGGAUACGGAAGUAUGGUUUACAAAGAAUGUUUGAGGAAGGGCUAUUCAUGUAUAAGAAGAAUGAAAUAUGAUUGUCAACUAAGAUUCCAUGAGGCGGCUGUUGUUGACAAUUUAAAUAAUGAAUUUGCUUAUCCGUUUUGUUACUGCAGAGAAAGGGUACAUACAGAAAG